UAGAAUAAAUCAUGGCUAAACGUUUUCAGCCCAUGAAGGACUUUGCGCGCGCCAAGAAACCAAAACUAGAUCUAAGUAUAAGUCGUGGUCGCCCGGAGCCAACGCAUGCGAGCAGCAGCAGCAAUAACAACAACCAUGGCAGCAGCAACAAGUGUGCGUCCAAACAACACGCGAGUCCUGUCCAUGCAAAUGGCGAUGACUUUAACUUCUGGGACGAUGACGACGAUGAUGUCAUCUUGCUGGCCACACAAAAAGCCGAGGCAGCUGCCGGAGCGGGUGCAGGACGCCCGAAUCAGGCAGAUGGCAUUUUUUCGGAGAUCGACAUGACUUUCAGCGAUUUCGCGCCUAAAGGCCAAGGCACGACGAGCACACAGCAAAUGUUUGCGGUGCCGGCAAGUAAACCCCUCAAGAAUGACAUGGACAUCAUGUUCGAUGACGAUGAUGACUUUGAGUUGCUUGCUGUGGUGGAAAAGAAAGUUGAAGUUAAACUGCCCGAGGAGCCGCCUCCUCCGCCUGUGGCGAUUCCAAGUACCAACAAAGCAGAACCUGCGCAGUCCAUCAGUGUAAUGAGUAUGCAAGUGCUAACGCAGUCUACAGCAGCUCCCAGCCAGUCCACAGUAGCGCGCCGUCAAUUAGCGCAGGAGCGACAAAUGAAAUUCCUCAUGGAGCGUGUGGAGGCGCUCAAGCAGGAGAAUGUAAAGCUUCAGAAAGACUUGUUCGACACCAAGGACCGCAUUGAGAGCAAGGAUGGCGAGGCCAGUUUGCUGCGCGAUGAACUGCGACAUUUGCGACAUCAGCUCGAGGCAAGCAAAAUGGAGAAGCUCAAGAUAGCCGAAAGUGCGAAGGCUGAGUGCAAAACGAAGGUAGCGGAGGUCUUCAAGCAGAUAACAGCCAAGGAAACAGAACUUAAGCUCAGAGAUGUGGAGUACUCCAAGUUGAAGCUGCGGCACACCACACAAACGAAACAGUUUGAGAUGAGUAUGUGUGUGGAGGAGAACACAUCUGUGCUGAUCAUUGAUGCCAUUUCCCGGCGCAAUUUAAUGCGAAUGCGAAACCUCAGCAUCGGUUGUUUCAGUAACAACAAAAACAUCACAUCGUCUGCAAAUGGCAGCGUUUUUGAACUCACUAAAGACGACGCUAAGGGCAAGAAACAGCUCUUUCAAUUGGAGCUGGAGCACCUGCUUUUAAGCUAUGCGCAAUUACAAUCGCAGUGUGGCGAUAUUGAAGACAUCACCUCGCGCAUAAUUCAGUCGGUUUGCAAAGUGUUUCUGGAAUUCUGGUCUCAUGUGCAUAGUUUGGAGUUUCCGCACAACUGUGUGGUCUAUCCUUACCACAACUACGCCCUGCAGUCGGAUGAGAGUGCGCCCCAGCGACAAUCAUUGGCACAGCCCAGUGCGCUGUUUAGCCAGGAACGCGCCAUCAGUCUGCGACGGUACAUAGCCACCUUGGCUUUGAUUUGUCAGCAACAGCGUAAACUGGCACACGCGCUCCUUCAUCAUAAACAUGGGGAAUAUUGGCUGCUGCAAAUAGCUAACGAUGCCAUUGCCAAGUUGGGCUAUUCGGAUGAAUUGUGCGAGCAUUUUGGCUUGUUGGAGGCUGCAGGCGCACUCCUGCAUAGUCUGCUUGUUUAUGUUAAUGAAGAGGAAGUUCCAACAGAAAUUCCACAACUGGAGCUGCUUUUUGAUCUGCUCAAACAGCUGGCCUUUACACGCCCCACUCCGUGGAUCUUUCGUGAGCUCAGUGCCAGCUUGUUGGCCUGCACACGCCAGUCUCAACUCAUGAGCCGAAUGUGUGUGAAUAGUCCGAAGGAAUGUUUCCUAUCGGAUCGCGUGCGCUCGCUCUAUCGCUUUGGGCCAGACUCUUGUCUGCUUCAGGUCUAUGCGGGUCUGCUGGAGCUUGCUUUCUUCAGUGAAGUUAAACUGGAGUUGGCACAUUUUAAUCUGCUACUGGUUAUAUGCCAGUAUCAUGUACGUUUCGUUUACCAGUGCUUCACAAAUCCACCAGCAUUUAUUCUGGAAAUGCUGCCGUCCGUUGCUGAUGAUGACGACGAAGAGAACGAUGUGGAGGAAAACACCUUAACAAAUGGCACCAGCAUGCAGUCGGCCACAACGCUGAGCAAUUCAAGCAACGGAACAACCACGCUUAUCAACAAAAUGCCUACGGAUGGCGGUUCCAAUCCGGAACGUCGUUGUGAAUGUUAUGUGAAGCUUUGCCUCAGCGUUGUCACACUCGUCUUUCAAAUGCUACAUCAGUGGAUGCUCUGCGAUAGGGAACACAACACAUCACAAGUGAGUGAGAUCUCACAAAUAGCCGUACACCUGCUGACGCUCAUCUUCCGCGAGUACUAUCUAACCUGCCUCUUUCGUGACUCCGAAGAAACCACCAAGCAUUAUUUAUCGCUCAUAUGCAACUGGUGGAGUGAACAUUUAGAACUGCUAGGUUUUCAGGAAAUACACGUGCGUUUCCUGAGGCAUCUGCAAGAUUCGCAUUUCAUGCUUAAACCGCUGCAUCGCGAAGCUAAUCCCAGUAAUCCUACAAAUGAUCUGCAAGAGUGGACACGCAUUGUCAGCAAUGCCGAUGCCAAGGUUGAGAAGUACGAUGAUCCCGAUGAUCCCUUCAAUUGCAAUCCUCUUGCUGCUACAAAUACGCGGCAAUUCUUUGAUGGUUUAAAGCGACAUGAGGAUAAUGUUGAUAGCAGGCUAGAUCUAGAAAAUUAAUAUAUCAUAGCUCUAACAAUUGGCUCAUAUUCCUUCAAAUUGUGUUUUAAAUCUAUAGUUCGUACACAAAUGUCACACUAAAAAUGUUUGUAAAUAGCUAUGU